AUGCAGAAUUUAAACAAACAAAACAACGGAUUGGACGAGAUGCUGGCCAUUUUGGAGGAGAAGCUGGUGGAACAGCAGGAGAGAGGCGGCGUAAUGCUGGAAAACAGCAGCAAGAUAUUCUCUAUGACGAAUGGGGCUGGGACUGGUAAAUUUGGAUUGUUGGAUUUUGGGGGUGAUUUAAGCUUAAAUGGCAAGGACAAGGAGAGUCCGACGGAAUUGAGGAUCAAAGACAGGUUGCUACCCCUUGCAAAUGUGUCAAAAAUAAUGAAGGCAUCUGUGCCUGAGGUGGCGAAGAUAUCCAAGGAGGCCAAGGCACUCGUGCAGCAAUCGGCAUCUGAGUUCAUUGCGAUUGUGACAGCAAAGGCCAAGGACAUUGCAGCACAGGAAUCCAGGAAGGCAGUGAAUGGAGACGACCUGGUUCGUGCCAUGGAUGACCUGGAUCUAAGCUGCUUUUCUGAGAUAACUGCUAAGUAUUUUGAGCAGUACAAGAAGACAACUAACACGUAUGCGUCACUCUAUUUUGACCAGAAGAGGGAAUUUUAUAAGUGA